UUAGAUGGGUUAAGUUGAUGAAUAACGUUGUGGUGGAAAGAUCGAGCGAAAGCGGAACAGGACGUUGUUAUUUAAUAAUUAGAGUCAUCACGAAUACUGCUGAUGGCAUGAUAAGUGGAAAGACAAAGUAAUAGACUCAGUAGUGCGAAAGUAGUACCAUAGUAGUCGUAAAUAGACGCAAAUCAACAAGAAAGACAGAAAACGGUGUACGUAACAAGCUUUGAAUUUACAUGAGUGGGCUUACCUAACAAAACAUGCAUGCCGAACGACUUUUGUUAAUACAUGUAUGAGAGGCUCCUGUAUACCUAGGAUCCCCUAGGAUCUGUGCAAUAUGCAAGGUUUUUGAUAUUGUUUAGCAUCCUCACAUCCAUAAGACGUCAGCGUAAUAAAGUUUUUUCAACUUACCGAACAGGAGCCGUGCAAUGUGCGGUCACAGAACAAAUAGGCUAAGAGCUAGAUAUAAUUACGAUUACAAUGAAUAUUAUCAUUAUGGUUUGGUCGACGAGUAGGCGCAGUGCACGCGCACAAUGACAUGUGACAAGCGUUGAGAAACGCAUAAAUAUUAUAUAGUACAUUAUGUCCCAUUAUGAAAUGCAACUAAGCUCAUCUAUGGAUAUAAAAUUUAUACGAUUGUUAUGUUAAAUGGCUGUAUAGUAUAUGAUAUGAGCUAAUGUUCAAACGUUAAGCGAAUCGUUGAAGCUGCCCUUCGAGACAGAAAAUCAGCAAAUGGUAUUUUAUAUCGUUAGCCUCCAUUUGCAUCAGAUAACUCACUCACAUUACGCUUCCCACUAGCCGUCAUCUCCAGGAUGCACAGUAGAUAAGAAAAUGUUACGACAUUCCCUUUACUAACGGUGAACAGCUUCUAAAGGUAUCGAGCAAAGACCCAGCGAAAAAACUUUAACAUAUGAAGACGUAAUUUAGUAAUCUCCGUGUGUUAAUGAGUUAAAUUAACUAAUUGUUACACAUUCGCUUAAAAUAGUAGCUUCGUUUCGAUUUCACAAAACUAUUGUAUGAUAUAACGGAAAAUAGCAUAGUCUACAAUGGGGUACCCUAGUGUCAGGGCGUCGCGCAACGAAGCUUUUUUCACACGAGACUAAUCAAGUUCAGUUGACCAGAACCCAAACGACUGUUUAGGAUAAACCGAAACAAAUGUUGGCGGGCUGAUCAUCCGCUAAGCUAGCACGUGCUCAUUCGUUAUUCUUGCUACUAGAAAAAGACCUGUUCUUUCUUAAAAACAUCAUAAACUUCCUAUGGCAGACGCAGAAAGUUCGUCUUCGGAAUAUGAUCGAAUAUCAGCUAUGUUACAAUGCUUUUGCCCUGGACCCCCCCCCCCCCCAACCGAAAUUAUAAGCUGUUUUGGCGGCGUGAGAACGAUGGGUUCGAAAUCGUUGUUUCUUUCAGUCUUUGUGCACUUUUAGAGCGAUCGUGGAGAGAACCUUUCGCGGCUGCAAACGAUAAGUACACAAUAGGGAUUAGAUGGAAAGAAGUCUAGAAUGCACCAAAAUGGCCCAAAGAAGCCAUGUUUGAAUUGAUACUCGAAAUACUGGUUAUUUCAAGGCAAUAUGUUGUCACAUAUCAUACCAUAGAUUGCUAGUUAGGUCGUCCGGAUAAGUCUCAAGGGCCUCAAAUAGUCUGUGCCACCUUUCUGCGCAUUUUGGCCUUUUUGGACGAAUGAUUUUUUAGGAUAGUUGGCUUACCAGAAGUCGACGAAAUAGUAUUUCGCUGACAAGUUGAACCAAGAUUGCUUUACUGACAGUUACUGUCAAAAAAUUAUGCGUUUAUCUAAGCAGUUUUUUGAAAAUAAUUUAUGAGCGGGUAAGUCUCGAAUUGAAGUCAUAACUGACGCGAAUGACAAUCGCAUUAAGCAAGCACAUCCAUGACGAGUGUAUUUAUUGGCGCAUGAUGAAACAACUUCAUCCAAAUAUAUGUUUCUAGAUGCAAUUUAUAAGCAGGGACAUCAGGUAUUGCCCAAUUGAUUCCGAACAUUUUCUAUAUGUACCUAGAUAUAUGGAUAUAAUUAAAUCAUUUGUGUACAUCACCCAAAAAUGUAUGUUGAUACAAUUCAUCCCCCUACGAAGUUUGUAUAUACUUAUAAACUGCACCGUGCAAUCAAAACAGAAGAGAAUACUACUAACUAACUAAUAAUGAAUAUAAUGUAACAAACGACGAUUGUACGCAUGACUGAUAGGAUACUGUGGCAUUGUCGACUUUCAAUGCUUACCUGUUAUUAUCAACUUUGUCCAAGGCAGGAUCUAUUUUUUAAAGCAGCUCCUUAUGCUUUUAGUUUUAUCCAAUUUUAUAUUUUGUCCCGCACACUUUUAUUUUGAAAGCGUACGCAAGAUGAGAGAAACCAUUUGAUAAGUUAAUGCAUAAAUCGGCGUAUGUGAAAACACUCAAAUCACGAUCGAAGGCGUAGAUGCUACUUAUUUCUAUAAUACUUAUGAAGUUUCGUAUUUAUGUACAUUGAAUACAACGGUUUACCAUGCGGUAUUCUUACGUACCUGUUACAAUAAGUGGUCCUACACCAAUUUUAUCUACUUCUAGAAGCAUAUGCUGACGAGCAAAAUAGGUGUGAAUUUCUCUGCCCAGAGAAUAAAUAAAGAUGUAAAUUUAUGUUUUCCAGAUUUACAAACGUAAAACUUUUUAAAACGUUUUUGCAUCAAUAGACAUUACUCGCUGGCCUCGAAACUCAAAAUCAGGUGGAAUAGGCCUAGUUUGCUAUAUUAAUAAAACCUCCGUCGUUAAGGGAUAGUCAGCUUAAUAUACUUGCUAUAAACAUUGUCAGCAACGAUAGUUACAGUUUUUAAAAAAACACCGAUUCAGAAAAUUUGUCCGUAUCUAGAAAGGACAGCUAAGGCUCACCAUGAAAGAUAACAGUGCGUAUACGCAUCUUUUCUCAAAUAUUAAGAUCAUUUUCUAUAAACAACACUGUUACUUACUCAUUCAUCCUUAUGUUUUCUAUAUCAUAACAAAAGGUGCAUGUGGCUGUAGCAGACUUAUAAGGGUUUGCGCAUAUUUCUAUUAGAAGUUCAUAUAUAUAUUGUACAGUAACACAUUUAUCGUCCUCAAGCACCUAUCGAUAAACGAGCAACAAGAUCACAUACAUCAAUAAAGGGAAUCAUUUUUACCGUUACGCCAUCCCAGUUACUGCAUAUCAUCAGCGAUUGUAGUGGUAGUAUAAAAACAAAUAUCACAUAUCCAUAACCAUGUGGGCAAUGAACUUGAAUUGCGACCGGCAAUUUUGUUGUCGCAUUGCGGUUAGAAAACCCAUUCCAAGCCAUUUCCUCUGUAUGUCAGUACCCUUUGUAAGUACCUUUAGAGGAGCUAGAACAAAAACAUUCGUAGAAAAUAAUUUACCUGUGAGGGUCCUAUACAACUCAAUUUACAUGUUCGUAAUAAUAUAAUUAUUGAAAAUAUAUACACAUUACAAAAUAAUACAUUAUCUAUAUAUUACAAUCUAAAUAUAUACACAUAUUGUUAGUUAUAGACAUAUUACUAGGAAACAAUGGCAAUAUAAAGCGAUGCAUUUAUUUAAUAAAAAUAAUAUAUCGUUAUACAGGUACUUUUCUGUUAGUAAGAUAGAACCAGGAUAUUUAAAAUCUUAUUUAACAAGAUAAUUAUAAAUCUAAUGCUUUGGCGUACUUGUUACACCAUUAUGUGGAUAGUAAAGCUUGAGAGUAUAUUCUGAGCAUAUUAAUAAUAUUGCUUUUCAUUUCAGAUACAACCUUUCAAUGAAUUCGACAGCGACUUCUUAGGAAAGUAGCGCAACAGUGGACAACCGAGCAUCAACAAAACUAAAAUCGCUUAAAAGCGACUGGUGGAACUUAAUAAAAAUAAAAAAGGCAAAGGUCAAAUGACACUUUCGAAAAUGUUAGUGGUAUGGUCAUCGAAGACGUACGCAGUGUCGCUGUCACAAUUCAUGACGACGGCAACGUUGACCAAGUAGCGAAUUGUAACGAAUACAACGACAAGGACAUUGUUGUGUGGUGCAAUGCCGCACCAGCCGUGAGAGUAAAAUCUACUAGUGAGUGUAAUCUUCAAAAUCAGGUCAACCCCGUUGACAGAAGUCAGGACAAUCUCAAUUGUAGUGAAACGCCAAGUAGAUACUACGCUCACCGUAACGAUGUAGCAGCAGGUAGACCUAUUUGUAUUGGCUGUGGUGACAAUGACGACGUUGAAGCAACGUUGGCGCCGCUAGCGAUUUCGCGACGAAUCAAAGAGGAACGACUCCAGGAGAGGUUAUUAGAGAGGCGCGAGAAGUUCCGCCAUCAUGAACGUGCUAACUGUCGUCACCGCAACGCAUGUCGAAAACCACUCGAGGAGCAACAGACGGAAAAACAGCAAAAGCAGGGCACAAAGGAUGACAAUGAUGGUCAGCAAAGUCAGCAGCAGAAGCAACCGACUGAUACCCAUAUAGAGCGUUAUAGUGAUACACAAGUUGACAACAAAUUCAAUAGUAAAAUCCAUUGCGUCGGCGGUGGCAAGCAAACGGAUGGUGUUUACUAUUGUUCUCUUUGUGAUUACCAGAACAAGCUGUAUACCUCAAUACGUGACCAUUACUAUCGGCUUCACGCGGCAUCUCCGUCCUCUCUAAGAUGUUCAGUCUGUUCGAAAAUGUUUCUGCGCACUGAACGACUCCGCGACCACAUGCGAUCAAAGCACACUGGCGAAAAGCCAUAUGCCUGCGCAUUCUGUGAUAGGUCGUUUGCGUCGACGGCCGCACGGGCUAUGCACAUGAAAUCCUCUCAUCGUAGACAGCAAUCGUGCAGAGAGCGUGCACAAUAAGCUGUGGAAAAAGAUACGGGAAGAGAGCGUAGCAACACCGAGACAACGAACAAUUCGAGCUUGCUUAAUACCUACGCAUUCUGUGAUUCGUUCGUCACUGUGGAACUGGAAAGAAAAAUACAUCCUUUCAUAUAACAAGAUAAAUCAAGAUUUGGUCAAGUACAGGAAAGAAGCAAUGAGACCCGCUUCUUUUAAAUGAGUCAAAAAAAGCAUGUUGGCCAAUGUUAGGAGACUGCCAGAAAGACACGCUCUACAUGGUUAACCUAAUAGACUGCAAAGAUUUUGGUGUUAAACUAAUAAAGCACUCAUUAUUCUAACUUAUACUAAAGAAAAGGAGCAACGUUUUAAAAGAAAAUUAUUGUUCAUGUAUGGCGUUAAGGAAUAACUAAGCAUGUUACUUGUAUUCCUUUAGAACGAAACCCGUAACCAGUUUGCCUAUAGUUUACUAACGUAACGUUCACAAUGAAAAUUUAGGGUACCAUACAUUUAUUCCUUUCCUUCGCUUAUUGAUAUGCUCAAGCCCAGCGGGUCGUCAGACUUAAUUCCAGAUAAAUAUAACAUAGGGAUGUAUGAUUGUUUUUGCUUUCGUGUUCGAUUUAUACCAUUGCAUUUUAGCAAUCGUAAUUAUGUAUUAUAUUUGUAUAUCAGACGAGCAAAAGUUGCGAUUUGUAGAUUAUAAGCGAAAUCGACUUCAUCAGUGUAAAGUGGCGAUUGUAAACAGCAACCUCAUACGUUUUGCCUUUUUGGCCUGUCCACAAAAUACCACAUCGAUGUUUCAGUUAUGGUUAGACGUUGCAGGACUUUCCCGAUAUUGAUACUAUAGUAGCAUAAUGUUAAAUGAAAUGGUUCUUCCGACGAAUAAAAAAAGGACCGGCUGCCCAAGCCUAUACGAGGACCUGAGCCAGUCACCCCAUAGAGAAUUCACUCGGCGCUCUUCCGCUAACGACGUUACCGAGUAGAGGCGUCUGAAGAUACCAAGGCUUUUUCGACGCGUUGGCAUUGCCUUGAGGUCAAUGGCCGUUUUCAAUGCUUCAUCUAUGGAACUGAAACUGGAUAUCAAGGCCAUUAUUUCCAGGAGCAUUUACCUAUAGAUUACGAGUGCCAGUAAUGUCGCAGACGUUUUAAUCGAAUGCAAGGGCUUAACCAUCAUUUUAAGACACUUCAUUCAAAUGACCGGCUCUGUUGCUGUCUACGCCGCGGCCAGGGCUUUGGAAAUAGCAAUGGGCCGCGUAUAUCCAUCAGGAAUAACAAAACCAAGUAGAGUCAAGCUAAGGCAGUAAAAUGGAUAAAAAUAUAAUCAUUUACUAAUUGCCUUAGGCAUAUGUUUCGAGACGUUCUCGAUGGCAGAUUCUCAAUUAGCGGCUGUUUCAUUUAGCACGCAUUUUAUUGUUAAUUAGUUUUAUUUUGUGUAUCAGUUAAUUAUUGUGCCGUUUGUAUUUUUGUGAGAUAGUUAUAUGUAGCGCUUCACAAUGUUGUCUCAUGAAAAAAAACUGCUCAAAUAUACUCGCAUUUUCUGCUAGUCAAAUCCUUGGCAUAUUUUGACUGUACAGAACCAUUAUUAUCACUAUUAUUGUUAUGUAAGUCUAGUUUAUUUCAGAAGUUGUCUGCGCUAAGCAAAACAUCCGAUUUACUCAGGUUUCUAAUAAAGAACUAUGUAUCACCGUUGCUAGAAGCUGUCAGAAGAAAGCCACAUUAUCCAUUUUCACUUGGGAUAGUUCAUGUCAUUACUGCGUUAUCUUAUAAUAAUGAAAAUAGAAACAAGUAUCUAGUGUAAAAAUACAUAUAAGAUCACUAUAAAAACGCAGAACUUAAAUAGAAAGCUACACACAUACACAAAUGCAGCUAUGGGGCAGAUGAUUACUAAUGUAUAUUAUGUCAAAACAAAAUAAUAAGGUCGGAUUUGACUGGUACUUUAUCUAAUGAUCUAUAAAACUACUCGUACCUAAUAUACAGCUAAUUGUGAUUAAUGAUCUAUGUAAGCGAAGUAUGUUGGUAAGGGAAUGAAAGUGAACGAUGUGACAGGCGAACGUUUUUUUUUGCCUAACUCAGUGCGAUAAAGGGGAUAUCUUACCAAUGAGAUACGAGAAUACACUCGUAGAAAGAUGACUAUAGGAGUUGCCAUAGGAUACCUAAGGAUCUAGGAGAGGAUAGUAUGGGAGAGGUCAGACAAACGGUAGAUAAAGAACAGUUGGGGAAAUCGCUUUAGAUAUGUGAGGAGGCCAAUAACGUAAAGAAGAGGAAUCUCAAAAACAAUUACAGUGAUACGAAUGUGGAUAGCUCGUAAGGAUCUACACACAAAUAGAUGUAUAGUACAAUAUACGUCUAGCAAUAUAGUGAAUCAUAUAAAGGUCGGGAGAGAUACGACGCGAUAAAGUAUGUUUCAUUAUAUAAUA